AAAAACUGAUUGAUUGUUGUUGUCUUUACGAGAAGAAGUAUCUAUCCUCAUCAAUGGCGGAUUCACGAGAUGAUCUAGCUGAAUCGCUACAGAAUCUAUUCACGAGUGUUUCAUCUAUGGUCAAAUCCGAGCUCCAGGGAACGAACAAUCAUCUAGAUCUAUUGGAGAAGAUGAAUCAGAGAGUUGCGUCGGAGUACGAUGAUAUGGGUGACGUGGCAGCUGGGCUCAGAGUUUUCGCAGAGCAGAUGAAAUCAAAAAGUGGUGGCUUGGAUGAAUUUGUCGGACAAAUGGAUGCAAUCGAGAAACAAGUGUCGGAGUUUGAAGCUGUGAUCUCUGUUCUUGAUCGAUAUGUCUCUGUCUUAGAAUCUAAAAUCCGAGCUGAGUAUCGUCAUCCUCAUCAUCAUCGUCGCUCUAAUGACUCUGUUGGUACAGAUUGAGGCAUUUUGUAACAAUAAUUAAUUAUCGGUACU